UGGAGACAUGAGGGGGGCCCAGCUGCCCCCGGGGGUGCCUGGAGCUGCUCCCAGAGCCCCCAGUGCCCCCAGCCCAGGAGGGACAGAGGGACGGAUGGCAGUGGACAGACGGACAGAAGGAUAAACGGACGCGGUGACAGAUGAGCCGAGCGUGCCUGUGGGAGGAUGGACACACAGCUGAUGGGCACAUGGACACACGGACACACACACAGACACAGGGAUGUGCAGACAGACAGACAGAGCCUGGUUUGGCAGCUGUGCUGUCCUGCUGAGCAGCCAGAAGGAUACGAGUGGCCAGGCCGGAUGGCCGGACAGACAGACGGACAGCUGGGGUGGCAGAGGCUGGAUGGCUGGACAGACAGACAGACAGCUGGGGUGGCAGAGGCUGGAUGGCUGGACAGACAGACAGACAGGAUGGCAGAGGCUGGAUGGCUGGACAGACAGACAGACAGCCGGGGUGGCAGAGGCUGGAUGGCCGGACAGACAGACAGACAGGAUGGCAGAGGCUGGAUGGCCGGACAGACAGACAGCCGGGCUGGCAGAGGCUGGAUGGCUGGACAGACAGACAGACGGACAGCCGGGGUGGCAGAGGCUGGAUGGCCGGACAGACAGACAGACAGCCAGGGUGGCAAGCCCUGCAGAAGCACUUGGCAGUGGGAGCCUCAGGUUGCCGAGCCACACCUUGGGGCGGGGAAGGGAGAACAAAAAAAAGGAAAGAAGAAGCUCCAGAGGGAAGGAAAGCAAACAAACAGCAGAGCCCCAAAGAACAGCGAACUCCGGACCCCGGCAACGCCGCAAUCCCGGCACGGCCAGGCCAAAGGGCGGCCAGUGGACCUUGGUCACCGGCGCAGCGGGAGCCACCGGUGCCCCGUGGCCAUGGCGGUGCUGGGGGCCGCGGCGGCGGCCGUGGCCGGGCUGCUGCUGCUGCUGGUGCUGGUGCCGGCGGCCGCAGCCCGGCUGGCUCCCCUCCUGUGGGCAGAGCUGCGCUUCCAGGACGAGGUUUACACCUUCGAGGACGUGGACCGGCGCAGCAACCGCGCUGCCUGGGCCCUGUGCCGGCGGCUGGGGCUGCAGAGCGGCCGCACGGUCGCCGUGUUCCUGCCCAACGAGCCGGCGUACCUGUGGACGUGGCUGGCGCUGGCCAAGCUGGGCUGCCCCAUGGCCUGCCUCAACUGCAACGUGCGGGGCCGGGCGCUGCGGCACGCGCUGGACGCCGCCCAGGCCACCCUGGUGCUGGCCAGCCCCGAGCUCCACGAGGCCGUGGAGGAGGUGCUGCCGGACCUGCAGCGCGACGGCGUCCGCGUCUUCUACCUGAGCCGGGCGUCGCCCACGCCGGGCGUCGAGGCGCUGCUCCCCGCCAUCGAGGCCGCGCCCGAUGAGCCCCCGCCCGCCCGGCACCGCGCCGGCGUCACCGGCGACUCCAAGGCCAUGUACAUCUACACCUCCGGCACCACCGGGCUGCCCAAGGCCGCGGUGAUCACGGAGAUGAGGCUGAUGAUGAUGGCCAGCCUGGCCCGGAUCUGCGGCCUGCGGCGCGACGACGUCGUCUACACCACGCUGCCGCUCUACCACUCUGCCGGGCUGCUGGUCGGGCUCGGGGGCUGCCUCGAGGUCGGUGCCACCUGUGUCCUGCGGGCCAAGUUCUCGGCCUCGCAGUUCUGGGCCGACUGCCGGCGCUACAACGUCUCCGUCAUCCAGUACGUGGGCGAGCUCAUGCGUUACCUGUGCAACACGCCCAAGCGCGCCGAUGACCGGGAGCACGGCGUGCGCAUGGCCAUGGGCAACGGCCUGAGGGCGGAGGUGUGGCGCGAGUUCCUGCGGCGCUUUGGGCCCGUGGCCGUCUGGGAGUUCUACGGCGCCACCGAGGGCAACGCCGGCUUCAUCAACUACACCGGGAAGGUCGGGGCCGUGGGUAGGGCCAACAGGUUCCUCAAGUUCUUCGCCCCCUUCGAGCUGGUCAGGUACAACGUGGAGGAGGACGAGCCCGUGCGCGACGAGCGGGGGCUCUGCAUCCCCGUCAGGCCCGGCGAGACGGGGCUGCUGGUGAUGAAAAUCACCACCAACACCCCGUUCCACGGCUACGCCGGCGACUCGCAGAAGACGGAGAAGAAGAUCCUGAGGAACGUCUUGGCCAAGGGCGACGUCUUCUUCAACAGCGGCGACCUGCUCAUGAUGGACGCCGAGAAGUUCAUCUACUUCCAGGACCGCGUCGGGGACACCUUCCGAUGGAAAGGGGAGAACGUGGCCACGACAGAGGUGGAGGCCACGCUGGGCUUGGUGAGCUUCAUCCAGGAGGUCAACGUCUACGGCGUGGCUGUGCCGGGGUGCGAGGGCCGCUGUGGCAUGGCCGCCGUGUGCCUCAAGGACGGGGCCACCUUCGACGGUGACAAACUCUACGCCUUCACGAGGGACACGCUGCCCGCCUACGCCGCGCCCCGCUUCGUCCGCAUCCAGGACGCCCUGGAGAUCACGGGCACCUUCAAGCAGUGCAAGAGCAACCUGGUCAAGGAGGGCUUCGACCCCGGCGUGGUGCAGGACCGCCUGUUCUUCCGCGACGACGCGCGCCGCUCCUACGUGCCGCUGACCCGCGACACCUUCGACGCCAUCCGCGACAUGAAGAUCAGUCUGUAGCGGC